CCCCCUAAUCCUGUCAUGGUUUUGUUCAAUAUGGCGGUACACUUUGCUAAAAUUUUUAAUAUGGCUGGGACUCGACGUUUUCAAAGAAUACGUUGUUUUGCGAUAAAAAUCGAGCAAAUUAACAAGAACCACGGAUUUUAUCUAUUUCAUAAUACCUCAAAAGUACAGUGCAGGUGGUUGUGUGAUGGCUUUAACAAACAAUCAAAGAAGGCUGGUUUUGUCAGCAAAAGUAGUAUGAGCAGUCCAAUAAGAUGGACUGGCUUCAUUGUUACUGUAAUUAUUGGUGGAGCUGCUGUAUAUUAUGUUAAAAAAGCCAAGGAAGAAAUGGGAAAAAAACGAGAAGUGGAAAGAAACAGAUCGAUAGGAAAAGCUGCUAUUGGUGGGCCAUUUACAUUGGUAAACCAUGAAGGAAUUACAGUGACUCAUAAGGAUUUCUUUGGCAAUUGGUUAAUGUUGUAUUUUGGUUUUACCCACUGUCCUGAUGUUUGUCCUGAAACUUUGGAAAAACUACAAAAUGCUUUGGAUAAGAUUGAUUGUACAAAAGAUGUUCCUGAUAAAGUUUUACCAAUAUUUAUUACCGUGGAUCCUGCCCGAGAUGAUGUUAACACUGUUGCUGAAUACAUUAAAGAUUUCCAUCCUAGAUUGGUGGGUCUAACUGGGACAGAUGAACAAAUAAAGGCUGUAUGUAAAGAAUAUAGAGUUUACUACAGUGCCGGACCUGCAGAUGCUGACAAUGAUUAUAUUGUUGAUCAUUCUGUGAUAUUAUAUCUUGUUGAUCCUCAAGGAGAAUUUGUUGACUACUUCGGUCAAAAUAUGGAUGAAAAUGAGAUAGCAAAUACAACUAUCAGUCACAUGUUAAAGUAUAAAUUACAAAGUAAAAAUAACAAUAGAUGACAACUGAUGUUAUGACUUCUGCUAUCAUAUUACAAAAUAUAUCUUAUGUUGCUACUAAUGGCAAACUAACAUAGCUAGUUAAGUAAAUGUAAACGAGAAACUAUUAUACAACCAAGAUAUCGUCUGGAUGAUGAUGUCAUUAUAAAUUUUAACAAUCAUCUAUCUGCCAUAAUAAGAACAAUACCAAUCAAUGCCAUAGCAACAGUUGUCCAUCCAGCACCGUACGACCAACUGAAGUAAAUAUCUUCAUCCCAAAAUUUGAAUGUGUAUAUCAUCAUUGCAAUAAAAGCGGAAACAGCUGAAUAAAUUAAUGAUUUAAAAAUAAAA